CUGUAGCAAAAUGGAAUAAAAACUGCGAGUCCAAAACAAAAACCAAACAAGUUUGUUUCCUAAUUCAGAAGAAACUAUAAGUUGUCAUUAGGGAUUCAGGACAUAGAGAAAAACGAAGAAGAGCAAGUCGUCUUUGGCGACCGUAAAGACAGUAUCUUUGUCUUCCCAAUCCUUGUUGAUCUGAGAUAGAAGAUCGCUGUUGCUUGUUACGAUGUCUAGGCAGAGUCAGUUAUUUACACUGCUUAAGAGAAGGUUUCAUUCACCUUCGUCUAGCGAUGCCCCAACGGAGACCUUAAGGAAAAAACUAACUGAUUUGCAAAAAAGCAAGAAACGAAGGAACCCGAUAAAGAAUCAGUUUCUCGUCGAGGUUCCAGAAUCGAGAUCGUAUUUGGACACGGCAACGAUGCCUAUGUUCCUAGCCGUGGUCGGUAUUGCAUUGUUUGCAAAAGUGUUAAUGAUGAUUGAUGAUUCGAAAUCUCAAGAAAUGAUUGAACGGAAGAUAAAGAAUGCACCAGAAGGGCAGGGCACAGUGCGGAUGAUCGAGCGUGAGGAGUGGGAUGAGUUUAGAGAAGUAAGGCCAAGAACACCUUUUGAGUCCAAGCUUGCUCGCCCAAACGCACAGAUAAGAACUGGAGAGCCUGUGCGCAAGGAUGACUUGAAGAACUGGACGAUAGACGUGCUAACAAAUGCACUUUCACGAACUGAAGAAAGUGUUCGUCGCGGUUCCAGUUGAUUUUGAUUUAUUUUUCUCAGUAUUAUAUAUCCUGAGAACCUAGUAGUCAAGAAAAGUUUUCUUAUGUGUGUAUCAUUUGUGUUUGGUAAUAAAGUGGCAAAACUUAUCUGGAUGCUUCCAUGUCGGAAUCAAAAUAGCUUCUUAAAAUUCA